UGUCACAUUUAUUAAACGAGAUGAGCACAUAAAGAUCACUUUGUUGCAUGGAUCGUUACCUCUUAAGGCAAUGGCUGGCUUAGAUUCUGUCACAACUGUGUAUGUAGGAAAUUUAAAGACCAGUGCAAGAAUUUUAGAGCUAAAAUCGAAUCUAUUGUGGUUGAUUAGUAAACUGUUGAAGGUUUCCAUAACUUCAAGUGAUAUCAGCAUUGUAAAUGGAUCCAAACGGUACGCUAUUAUUGACGUGCACAAUGAGCAAAAUGUUGAAUUUAUACUUCAAAACUUGUCGGAUCAUGCAGACAGGCGUAAAUUAAACUUCAAUUUCGAGACAAUAGUUCAACCUGAUAACUACCUCCAUGUUGAUACCCUGAAAUCUCAAGAUGAGAAGCAAGCGAGGGAUGAUUUCGAAAAUGCCAAAAAUCCUCUGCGUCCAUUUCAAAAACCUCACCUGCAUGUCCGAAAAAGACCGGACUAUGGCAGAGUUAUACCGCUUAAGUCAAUGACCCCAGGUCACACUGGGCGGAGUUCAAGACAAAGUUCAGACACUCAGCGCAGCAGGAACCCACCGUCAGAGCCUCCGACAGAUCUAGAUGUGACGCUGGAUGAUUAUCCGGUUGACAGAGACAGGAGCCCUCAUGGAAAGAAUGUCGGGGAAGCUAUUAACAGAGAGAUCAACAUGGUUCCAUUCGAUGACUCAACUCUGAAGGAUGACAGUGAUGACUCGGGAACGCAGGUCGACCUUGUACACAAUCGGACGAUAUCAUCCAUACAUGGGGAGGGAGACGAUGAACAAUCAGAAAACUCAGAGUAUGAGGAUCCACCUGGAUCAGUUAUCGACCUGCGACACGUGAGCCGACCAUCAGUGAAAGGGAAGAUAACUCCCAGGAUUCAUAGACGUGUCCAGAAACAGUCAGCGCGUGAAACGUCUUCAGUGAGCAGAAAAGACUUCUUUGCUUUCCUGGAUGCUCAAAUAGCUGGAAAUGAUACCGGUCAUUCAAAGACCCAUAAUGGGAAUACACAUGUGGAUGAAGAGUCUGGUACCCCGUACUAUAAGCCAGGGGAGGUUGUAUACAACCAUGAUCUCAGUAAGGAAUUUAAGGCGUAUCUAGAUGGGAAAUACACACUCAAGAAGAUACACGACUACGUGGCACGGUGUGUGUGCGGCUUCAUGAACUCACGGGAGAGAGGCAUGUUGCUUAUCGGCGUAGAUCGGCGAGGCCAUGUAGUUGGAAUAGACUGUGAUACAAAACAAGAGGAACGAUAUCGCCGCCAUUUUCUUGAAGCAGUAAAGGAGAUUUUUCCUCCAGUAUUUGGUGAAGAGUAUUCCAUACACUUUGCACCGCUCCUGGAGGAAAAUGGACGCCAACAUCCAAGCCUGAAGGUGAUAGAGAUCCGGGUGUUUCCCCCCGAGUCUCAGGAGCUCCUUUACGAGUGCAGUGAGGGCGUGUUUGUUAGGAGAAAUGGGAGCCUAACAGGGCCAAUCAAAGCAAGCCACAUACAGGAGUGGAUCAAGCAGAAGCACAUGGAAACAUUUGACCGCUACGAGUCGAAGGAGCAGUUUCUUAAGAAUGAGAACGAGAAGAAAGAUGACAUGAUCCGACGGCAGGCCGACACCAUCAUGGCACAGAGGAGCCAAAUUGAGAGUCAGAAACAGGUAAUAGAAGGAGGCAAGUCAUGUACAAUUUUGUGAUGAAAAGGAUGAAACACUACUGUCCAAUGAAACUACUGGAAACAAGCUGCGAUAGUGUAGUCGUAGCGGCCACAGUUUGCAUGAAAGAACAUGAACUUGAGUAAUAGGAAUAUCAAAUAAUAAGAUGACCAAAAUAACUCAGGCAGUACUUUUGUGUCGUUGACAUUUAUCAAAGUAUCAUACCUACAUGUUGGUACACAUAAGGUGCAGUUGGCAGUAAUUUUAAAUGUUGAUGCCUGGCAACACCACACUAUCAUUUGAAAGGUUAUUCUGUACUGAUACUAAUCAUGUUACAUAUAUGACCAAAAGAAUAUUAUAGAUAAGGUAAAUGCAAUUUUGUGAUUUAUUUCAACUGGAAUUAAACAUGAAAUUACCAAUUUUAAAAUC